AUGACUGAUGAACAGCAGGCUUUCGAUCAAACUCAUACCUGGGUUGUGGUUGAUCUUCCCCCUGGAAAGCAUACUGCCAAGUAUACUUCUGAUCUCUUGGCUCGUGUUAGUCUUACCGAUUGCAAGACUAUCACUACUCCGGUUGAUCUUCAGACUCGUCUUAUACCUCUUGACGGUCCCUUAUUGUCUGAUGCCACUUUAUAUCGUCAGCUAGUUGGCAGUCUUGUCUAUCUCACAAUUACUCAUCCAGAUAUUGCUUAUGCUGUUCACAUUGUCAGUCAAUUUAUGACUGCUCCUCGCUCUCCACACUAUGCUACUCUGGUUCACAUUUUGCGUUACCUGAAAAGAACUCUAUUUCAUGGUCUUAACUACUCCCCUCACUCUUCUUUGCAGUUGCAUGCCUUUUCUGAUGCUGAUUAA